AUGAGGUUAGGUAAAAACAUAGCGUAUAAGUCAGUUCCUGAGUGGAAGCUGAACAGUAUAAAUUAUAACAAGUUGAAGCGCGACAUAAAAGAAGUUGCAAGCAGUCAAAAUUAUGGUAAUGAUGAUGAGUUAUUGUGCAAGUUAUUUGAGUCUUUUCAGGAGCAGUUUAGGAUUACGAAUGUGUUUGUUUGUUUAAAGAUCAGGCAGGUUAAUGCAAGGUUAGUCGGUAUAGCGUCGAAAAUUGUGGAGUUGAACAAGGCUAACGAAAUUCCUGCUGAGAGUACGAAGUUUAAUGCUACGCGGCUCCACUUGGAAUACUGCAGUUUGGAACUUCAGCAGUUGUCGAGGUAUAUUAAUUUACAAAGAGUGGCUUUACGGAAGUUGACAAGGAAGUUUAAGCGGUAUUAUUGGAACAAGGCUGUCGCGAAGGAUUUCGUUUUGGAGUUGAACUCUUGUGAUGAGCUUCAUUACGGACAGGAAGGGAUAUCCUUUAUGAACGCUGACCUGGAGCCUAUUUUGGCAGAAAUUUCUCUGCUUUUACGGGCAUUGAUUAACGUAGGCAAUGGGACAAUUGGGUACGGGGACAGAGAGCUGGAAUAUCUGCUCCUCGAAAAGACAAUUGUUGAUACUACAGUUAAGUCUUGUUUAGAAUUUGAUGCACUGUUUUUGGGCAAGUACCACCACUUACAAACAUUUGUAUUGGCGAAGGACCAAGUGGACGACGUUAAGGCGCUUCUUAUCAAGUCGGGCUACCAUGUGGUGGAUAAGCAAGAUUGGCAGCAGCUUUCACAGAUCGAGAAUGAGACCGAUAACGGGAUACCAAAUAGUAGGCAAGCGACGAAGUUAGACAUGGGGACGUUAUCGACAUUACCGCACUCGUUACUUGAAAUGAUCCCUUUGGAUUUUGCUUUCGCGCAGGACGAUAAACACAAUCAACACCCCAGUAUACUUCUUCAUGGACAGGGGGAAGAUGAGUGUGUACUAAUGUGCCAUGUUGGUGGCAUGCGCGGUCAUAUAUGCACAAAGGAUCUACCGCUUUCCACCGUACUUGAGACAUUACUACAGAAACAGACAGAGCACGAUGAGACAUCAUUAUCUGCAUUAGAUGCAAUGUGUCUUGAUUGGAUUAAAACACAUCACCUGGGUAUGUCAGAUAUCAUAAUAAAUACGAAAAGGACAAGGUUUUUUGUUAGAAAACAAACUAUAAUUGGAGAAGAGAUCCAUCACACAGCAUACUUAAUUGCAAUUGAUGAGAACGUUACUGUUAAUAAUGAACUACACUUAAAACAUGCCUUCUUGGAAAUACGGAAGUUGAGUAGCCAUGUGUCUCCCAAUAAACAUGACAUGCCGCUAAUCAGGAUAUGCGGUUAUUUACUUGAUAACGGCAUUGCCUGUUGCCCAAUUGAUCCUAAACACACACUAUGGAACUUAGGACACCAAUUAAAGGACAGCAGUCAAGAAUUUAUUGAUGAAGAGUUCUGCAACAUUGUAUCAGGGCAGAUGUCAGCGACCGCCCUAUUUAAUCAAGGUAAGGAAAAGAUGGCCAAUAUAGUGGAAAUCCAGGGACAGAAUCACUUUACAGGUAAGCAGGCGAUACUAUUGCCUCCCAUAGACACUAGAAAUGAUACCCUACCAGUUUAUGGAGACUGGAAUCAUUGUAAUGUUGAAGAAUCGGCAGAAUUAAAUCAGAUAUACGGCGAGGAUGAGCAUGGCGGCUUCAUUAGAUUUAACAGGGACUUUAUUGAGGCAUUUUAUCACUGUCUUGAAACGCUCAGUUUUUUUUUCACUCAUGGGCCUGGAAAGCACAGCGAUCAAUGUGAAGAUGCAUACGAGGCGUUAUUGCAGCCUUCACCGGAGAGAAACGGGUCUUAUGCUACAUUUGAUCAAAGUACUAGCUCUUCAAUCAGUCCUGUACAUCCCAUGAUGUACUCUACAUGGGAUCCGGAAGGGCUUUUUCAUAAUGAAGUUGGAGGCGAGCAAUUAUACGCCUAUAAACAUGAUGCAGUAAUCUCAAUAUUUUAUAUUGUUACGCUCCUUAUGUCCUGCAUUACUACGGGUGCAACAAUGGGCAUAAUAUUCUCACUUUUUAGUGUAAUUGGUAACGGUCAAACAGAAUUUGAAGGAACAGUGUAUAUUACUUCAUUGGUUUUAAGCUCUCUGGUCUUAUCAUUGGUAUUAAGUUCCUUCAGCUUGCUGUUACUCUUCAGUCGAUUCAAGGUUGCACCCUGGUGGCAUUACACGAGUUGCGGGGCUGUUUUUUUCCUCGUGACUUCAUGCGUUUGUUACGGUCUGGUUUCACUGUUCAUCUAA